CGAUUUUAUCCUCCUUGUCCGCUAUAAAUUAAGCCCUCCGGCCCUUGUUUUCUUCAUUCUGUGUUCUUCAAUUGAGCUUCUAACUAAGAUCUACUCUUCUCAAGAUGCAAAUCUUCGUUAAAACCCUAACAGGCAAGACCAUCACCCUUGAGGUCGAGUCGUCUGACACGAUCGACAACGUCAAGGCUAAGAUCCAGGAUAAGGAGGGAAUUCCCCCGGAUCAGCAGCGUCUUAUCUUCGCCGGAAAGCAACUAGAGGAUGGCCGUACCUUGGCCGACUACAAUAUCCAGAAGGAGUCGACGCUCCAUCUGGUCCUCCGUCUUCGCGGUGGUAUGCAAAUAUUCGUUAAGACACUGACCGGCAAGACUAUCACCCUUGAGGUCGAGUCGUCUGACACGAUCGACAACGUCAAAGCUAAGAUCCAGGAUAAGGAAGGAAUUCCCCCGGAUCAGCAGCGUCUUAUCUUCGCCGGGAAGCAAUUAGAGGAUGGCCGUACCUUGGCCGACUACAACAUCCAGAAGGAGUCGACACUCCAUCUGGUCCUCCGUCUUCGCGGUGGUAUGCAAAUAUUCGUUAAGACACUGACCGGGAAGACCAUUACACUUGAGGUCGAAUCGUCUGAUACCAUCGACAACGUCAAGGCAAAGAUCCAGGACAAGGAAGGAAUUCCACCGGACCAGCAGCGUCUUAUUUUCGCUGGAAAGCAACUCGAGGACGGCCGUACGUUGGCCGACUACAACAUCCAGAAGGAGUCGACCCUCCACUUGGUCCUCCGUCUUCGUGGUGGGAUGCAAAUCUUCGUCAAGACCCUGACCGGUAAAACCAUCACCCUCGAAGUUGAAUCCUCUGAUACCAUUGACAACGUCAAGGCUAAAAUCCAAGACAAGGAGGGCAUCCCACCAGACCAGCAGAGGCUGAUCUUCGCUGGUAAGCAGCUUGAGGAUGGAAGGACUCUGGCUGACUACAACAUCCAGAAGGAGUCUACCUUGCACUUGGUGCUUCGUCUCAGGGGUGGGAUGCAGAUUUUCGUGAAGACCUUGACUGGAAAAACCAUCACGUUGGAGGUGGAGAGCUCUGACACGAUUGAUAAUGUUAAAGCGAAAAUUCAGGAUAAGGAGGGCAUCCCUCCGGACCAGCAAAGGCUUAUCUUCGCUGGUAAGCAGCUGGAGGAUGGAAGGACUCUCGCUGAUUACAACAUUCAGAAGGAGUCUACUCUUCACCUUGUUCUGCGUCUCCGUGGUGGUUUUUAGAUGGAUGGUGUCAUUUUGGUCUUGUCAUCGUGGUUUCUUACUUGUAUGCUUUGUUUCACAAUUCAAAUGAUGGUAUGAUGAUUUAGUGCUUCGGCCUGUUGGCCGCCUUAAUAUGGUUGUCGAUUAAAAUAAAAAUGGCUUGGUUGUUUUCAUGGACUUGCUGUUUUCAAUGAACUGAACAUCCUAAUGGUGCAGUACUACGUU